UCUAUCAGGCCUAUCGGCAACAUCCAGCCCAGAUUCUAUGUAAUGUUAGGGCCAACUUAGCGCGAGAAGUCAUACUAAACUUUAACUAAACUAACUUUUUGCAAACAUUUAAUUUUUACAUUUUAUAAAAACAAUUUAAUCUUAGGCUCUUAUUGUAAAAUAAAGGCAAUUUUAAUACCGAUUGAAGUAUUUUUUAAAUAAAUGUAAUGUUUGCCGUAAACCGAUUGCAUUUUUCAAAUUAUAAAAUUCAUAAACAAAUGCACAACUCAAGAAAUUGAUGAUAGAAAUGAUAAUUCUUUGGAUUAGUUUGCUCACGUUUUUCACGGAUAUUCGUGCCGUAAAGACAGAUACAUGCCAGAUGGAGAAAAACUGCACAAAGACGCUGCCAGGGGAUCUCACUCUGCUUUGUACAGUCGGCCACAGUGAUGAAUGCAAGAUGGCCACUGCCAAUAGGCCCGAACAAGUGGCAAACGACGGGCCGCUGUGGUUGUAUCCGUUCCUGUCCAACAUUUCUAUCUACUCUCGACCUGAUCCAUACAGCGAUGGAGUAAAUAGCUUGAAUUUUACCUUUCUAGUUCCCAAACCAGGAUCUGGUGACGUCAGAAUAGAAGGCGUCGUGGCCGAGUUUCAGGAGGCCUCUGACCGCGAUCUGAACCCGUACUACAGCUUCCAAAAGCCGCCCGUGUGUCGCUACUUCAACUGGUCCUGGCCCACCACCAACAGACGACUUCCGCUGCCCGCCCAGGAAUUUUCAAUAUCCUACGGCUGUAUCGGCAACGACCUCACCAUGAGCGAUUUCACUCUAACUCUGACGUCACUUCCUUAUUAUCAUACCUUGAACUACAUCAUUUCCUGGAUCGACUGGAGCUAUCCUGAAUACUAUGACGAGAAGACCUUCUGGAUGUACGAGCUUGUAGCAGUGGCAGCAGUGUCCCACGUCAGCCUCAUUCACGUGACGUUUCAACUUCCGGUGCUUCCAGUGGAGUAUUUUCAUGUGGCUCUCCUAAUCAGUCAAACUGAGACCGUCAUCUCUGAGACCAACACCACAGAAUCCUACAGCAACUUCAGCCACGUGAUGCCAGGGCUCUAUUACGUCAGAGUGACACCCAAGGGAGGCUACUGUCUCCAAAAAUUCUGCAAACCCCUAAAGUCACGUGAUGUUAGGGUUUAUUUUAAACCUUUAGAGAAAGAGCCUCCCAUUAUAGCUAUAGCAGCCGGCAGUGCAGUGCUGUUGAUCUCGAUGUUGAUUAUAACGAUGGUAUUGUGUAUCAUCCGACCCCGUAAGAACACUAAAGACAGAAGUACAAUCUACGUGGUCAGCUCGGCAGGCAGGACGUUAGAGGUGGACAUGACCAAACGUUUCUGUCACCUGAUCGCCGACGCCCUCAAGACGAAGGUGACGUUCAUCUGCCCCAGGUACACGCGCAGCAACUACCAGAUAUCUCCGCAGAUGGACACUCACGCCUACCAGGAUUCCCCAAAGCUGGACACUCGCCCCUACACCAAGCACCACCGGGAUCAUGUGAUCAGCUUCCACCAGACCAAACCUUUCAAGGUGUGCGUCCUGCUGACCUUCGACUACCACGUGCCAACCGCCGGCAGUGAAUCGUUUCAAACGUCCCCUGUUUGUACGACAGGAAGUGACGCCAUCCAGUUUGAACGCUGGGUAAAUAAACAAGCCAAUCAGAUCGUGUCUGUACGAUUCACUGACCUCUGGGAGUUCCAGAGUUCACAAAUGUCGCCGUGUGCUGAAACUCGUUUACUCGAGAACUGCGACAAAAUGUCAAGCUCCGAAGACAACGUGACGGUCGUCAACAAAUGCUUCAGGAAGCAGACGGCGUCACGCCUGGGUAGCCAGUCAGUACUCAACACGAGGCUGAUCCCAAACCACGACACGGCUUUCACAUGUUCUCAGAGGUUCGACCUGCCUGCUGACGUGUACAAGCUGUACACGUUCCUCAGGUCGCGCCUGGGGAAGAAAAGCCAGCAGCUCACCCAGUCGGAACUUGAGGAGUCGCGCCACUGGCUCGUCCUGCACCAGCUGUUUCAAAGGGCCGCCCAGAACCAGCCGAACUUAAAUCAACAGGCCCUCGAUGAUCAGAGUUCAGAGGUUGUCACUAUUGAUGAGCCGGACUCCUCUAGAGUUCCUUAUUUACCCAACAUACAAAGAGUCUCAGCAAUAUCCAACUGCAGUACAUUUCCUGCAGUGCCCAAUAUGAUCAGUUUCCCUCAAGCACCCAAUGCUGUAGGUUUCCCCCAAGCACCAACCUUGAACAGACUUUCUCCCGUACCAAGCGAGGGGACAUUCUCCAACGUCACUGCCUUUGAGGAGGAGCUCAUGGGCCACACAAUGUGUGGCAAUGGGGUCGGAUUUCACCAAACCGGAAAUGCGACUCCCGCAGAAGUUUUGACGCACGAUAGUUUCGUUUUUAAUCAAGCCACUUCCGGCAGGUAUUGUGAUAAUGAGAUGUUUCUUGAACAUAACUUCCACAGAACUUAUAUUAUCCCACCGCGGCCGUGUUAGUUAUAAUGUACCGCCAUUUUAUUGGGGAUUUAAUUUAUUGUAAUUACCUGAAACAAAUACGUAAAGACAACUGUAUACUGAAUUUGCUUUUGCUUGUGCAUGUUUCAAGGAUUGGUUUCAGGGUUUAGUAUUUGUGGCAAGAAACUCGUUUUAACCUGGUUAUGAAUUCUGGCACAAAGAUCCCAGUUUGUACAGUCGUCUCUAUCACCACGGGUAAGAAAGUGGUCGGUUGGUUAGAGACUUGAAGACCGCUGAGAGUAAAAAAAAAACGGGCAUGGAAAAAACCAGACAACAAAUCCUUUCAGUCUGUACUCGAACCACUGACACUUAGCUUUGUGUUGGCUAUCGAGAACUGGUGAUUUACUCCUUUGUUAACCUCUGACACUUAGCUUUGAGUUGGCUAUCGAGAACUGGUGAUCUACUCAUUUGUUAACCUCUGACACUUAGCUUUGAGUUGGCUAUCGAGAACAGGUGAUCUACUCAUUUGUUAACAACGCUAAUCAGUGUCAUUUGAUUUGGAUUUGGCUUUUGCUCAAUUUAGUUUUAAAGGUGCAAAUAUUUUUUGUUGCUGUGAUUGACCUUUUAAAUAAAGUAC